AUGGCGGAUCAACACACAAAUGGCACAGUGCCAAUAAUUUCCUCAACAAAUGGAGGUGGUAGCUCAUAUGCUGCUCGACAUAAUCUUGCGGAUCACUUCAUCGGCGGUAAUAAGUUGGAAAAUGCUCCCGCGAGUAAGGUUAAGGAUUUUGUAGCCGCUUCGGAUGGUCAUACUGUUAUUACGAAUGUUCUGAUAGCAAAUAAUGGAAUUGCAGCAGUUAAAGAGAUUCGAUCGGUGCGGAAAUGGGCCUACGAAACCUUCGGAGAUGAAAAGGCUAUUCAAUUCACGGUGAUGGCCACCCCGGAAGAUCUUCAAGCCAAUGCGGAUUAUAUUCGUAUGGCAGAUCAAUAUGUUGAAGUUCCGGGUGGUACAAAUAACAACAAUUACGCAAAUGUGGAAUUGAUUGUUGAUGUGGCCGAGAGAAUGAAUGUUCAUGCUGUAUGGGCUGGAUGGGGUCAUGCAUCAGAAAAUCCAAAACUUCCGGAAUCCUUAGCUGCGAGUCCGAAAAAGAUUGUGUUCAUUGGUCCUCCAGGUUCGGCCAUGCGAUCGCUCGGUGACAAGAUCUCCUCCACGAUCGUCGCACAACACGCUAAAGUACCUUGUAUACCUUGGUCAGGAACUGGUGUUGACAAGGUCGAGGUCAAUGAGGACGGUAUCGUCACCGUUGAGGAUGAGGUGUACAAGAAGGGAUGUAUCCAAUCGUGGGAAGAAGGUCUGGAAAAGGCCAAAGAGAUCGGAUUUCCGGUUAUGAUUAAGGCAUCUGAAGGUGGUGGUGGAAAGGGUAUUCGAAAAGCUGAAUCCGAGCAAGGUUUCGAGGCCCUUUACAAAGCUGCCGCGAGCGAGAUUCCCGGUUCCCCUAUCUUUAUUAUGAAGUUGGCCGGAAAUGCAAGACAUUUGGAGGUUCAAUUAUUGGCUGAUGAGUACGGAAACAAUAUUUCGCUCUUUGGUAGAGAUUGUUCCGUGCAAAGAAGACAUCAAAAGAUUAUUGAAGAGGCCCCAGUUACUGUCGCUAAACAAGCCACUUUCCAGGCUAUGGAGAAGGCCGCUGUUCGGCUUGGUCGUCUUGUAGGAUACGUUUCCGCCGGUACCGUUGAAUAUCUGUAUUCGCACUCCGAUGACAAAUUUUACUUCUUGGAAUUGAACCCAAGAUUGCAAGUCGAACAUCCUACGACUGAGAUGGUCAGUGGUGUUAAUUUGCCUGCUGCUCAACUUCAAAUUGCCAUGGGUCUUCCUUUGCACAGAAUAAGAGAUAUUAGAUUAUUGUAUGGAGUUGAUCCUUCAACUACUACCGAAAUCGAUUUUGAUUUCUCUCAAGAGAAGAGCAUUCAAACACAAAGAAGACCAACGCCAAAGGGACAUACCACGGCUUGUCGUAUCACAUCCGAAGAUCCGGGAGAGGGUUUCAAACCUUCAAGUGGUACAAUGCACGAAUUGAACUUCAGAAGUAGUUCUAACGUUUGGGGUUAUUUCUCUGUUGGUACAGCUGGUGGUAUCCACAGUUUCUCUGAUUCUCAAUUCGGUCAUAUUUUCGCCUAUGGUGAGAAUCGAUCGGCAUCACGAAAACAUAUGGUUGUUGCUUUGAAGGAAUUGAGUAUUCGUGGUGAUUUCAGAACUACCGUCGAAUACUUGAUUAAGCUCUUGGAAACUCCUGCUUUCGAAGAUAACACCAUUACCACUGGAUGGCUUGAUGAACUUAUCUCUAAUAAAUUGACUGCUGAGCGACCAGAUCCUAUGCUUGCGGUUGUUUGUGGUGCUGUGACCAAGGCCCACAUUGCUAGCGAGGCUUGUAUUUCUGAAUACAGAACUUCUUUGGAGAAGGGUCAAGUUCCCUCAAAAGAUAUCCUCAAGACCGUCUUCCCCAUCGACUUUAUUUAUGACGGUCACCGAUACAAGUUCACUGCUACUCGGUCCAGCUUGGACAGCUACCAUCUUUUCAUCAACGGAUCUAAAUGCUCGGUUGGUGUUCGUGCUUUGAGUGACGGUGGUCUUCUUGUCCUUCUCAGUGGACGAUCUCACAAUGUUUACUGGAAGGAAGAAGUUGGUGCUACUCGUUUGAGUGUCGACAGCAAAACUUGCUUACUUGAGCAAGAGAACGACCCAACGCAACUCAGAACUCCAUCUCCAGGAAAGCUUGUCAAGUUCACUGUUGAGAACGGAGAGCACAUCAAGGCCGGGCAGGCAUUUGCCGAAGUCGAAGUCAUGAAGAUGUACAUGCCUCUGAUUGCCGCUGAAGAUGGUAUCGUACAACUCAUCAAGCAACCAGGAGCAACUCUUGAAGCUGGUGAUAUUCUUGGUAUACUUGCUUUAGACGAUCCAUCUAGAGUCAAGCAUGCCCAACCUUUCUUGGGACAUCUUCCAGAUCUUGGACCACCACAAAUUGUAGGUACCAAGGCUGCUCAGCGCUUUGUCCUCCUCCGUAACAUUCUUAAUAAUAUCCUUGAUGGUUUCGAUAAUCAAGUCAUCAUGGGUUCUACAUUGAAGGAGUUGAUUGAGGUUCUCCGAGAUCCAGAGUUGCCAUAUGGUGAAUUCAAUGCUCAGUUCUCAGCUCUUCAUGCGAGAAUGCCCCAAAAAUUGGACGCUACUUUGACUCAAAUCCUUGACCGUAGCAAGGCCCGCAAUGCUGAAUUCCCAGCUAAGAAUCUUUCAAAGGCUUUGCAAAAAUUCUUGGACGAGAAUGUUGCACCUGCCGAUGUCGAUCUCCUCACCGCUUCUCUUGCCCCAUUGAUUGAGAUUCUCAACCGAUAUCAAAAUGGACCAAAAGCGCACGAAUUUGCCGUCUUCUCCGGUCUUCUGCAGAAGUAUGCAUCCGUCGAGCGUCUCUUUUCAGGCCGCACUUCCCGAGAUGAGGAAGUUAUUCUUAAGCUCAGAGAUGAAAAUAAGGAUGACAUCGCCAAGGUUGUUCAAACUGUCUUGUCGCACAGCAGAGUUGGUGCAAAGAACAAUUUGAUUCUCGCAAUUCUCGAGGAGUAUCGACCAAACAAGCCAAAUGCCGGUGAUGUUGCCAAGUAUCUCAGAGCUCCACUCAAAAGUCUUACCGAGCUUGAGUCUCGCCAAACUGCCAAGGUUUCUUUGAAGGCUCGUGAGAUUCUUAUUCAAUGUGCUCUACCUUCUUUGGAGGAGCGUGCUGCACAAAUGGAGCACAUCCUUCGAUCUUCCGUCGUGGAAUCGAGAUAUGGUGAGACCGGAUGGGAGCACAGAGAGCCUGAUCUUGAGGUUCUUAAGGAGGUCGUUGACUCGAAGUACACUGUCUUUGAUGUCUUGCCAAUUUUCUUCGGCCAUAGUGAUCCCUGGGUGUCUCUUGCAGCUCUUGAGGUUUACAUUCGUCGUGCCUACAGAGCGUACUCUUUACAGAAGAUUGAGUACCACAAUGAGAGUGCCGAUCCUCCUUUCAUUGUGUCAUGGGACUUCGUCCUGAGAAAGGUUGGAGCUUCAGAAUUUGGAAUGCCAAUUCAAUCCUCUGCUCCUUCGACACCAGCCACCCCUUCAUAUGAAUCUGGCAACCCAUUCAAACGUAUCAGCUCUAUCAGUGAUAUGACUUACCUUACCAACAAGCCCGAUCAUGAACCAACAAGAAAGGGUGUAAUUGUUCCAGUCCAAUAUCUCGACGAGGCUGAAGAAUACUUGCAACGAGCCCUUGAGGUCUUCCCAGUUGCUGGUGGUAAGAAGAAGGGUAAUGGUCUCUUGCCAGAACUCGGUGGCAAGCGCAAGGUUGCACCUCCACGUCUUGAUACCGAAGAUGAGCUUACUGCUGUGUGCAAUGUCGCUAUUCAAGAUGCCGAAAGUCUUGAUGACAAUGAGACUGUCGCUAAGAUCAAACUGAUUGUCAACGACUACAAAGAGGAACUUCUCAACCGUCGCAUUCGUCGUCUUACAUUUAUCUGCGGUCACAAAGAUGGUUCGUACCCUGGAUACUACACAUUCAGAGGCCCCAACUAUGAGGAAGAUGAGAGUAUUCGUCACAGCGAGCCCGCUUUGGCUUUCCAACUUGAACUUGGAAGGCUCUCUAAGUUCAAGAUCACUCCUGUUUUCACCGAAAACAGAAACAUCCACAUUUAUGAGGCUGUUGGAAAGGAAGCUACAAGUGACAAGAGAUAUUUCACUCGUGCUGUCGUUCGUCCUGGAAGACUUCGUGAUGAGAUUCCUACUGCUGAAUACUUGAUCUCUGAGUCCGAUCGAUUGAUGAAUGAUAUUUUGGACGCUCUUGAGAUUAUCGGAAACAACAACUCUGACCUUAAUCACAUUUUCAUCAAUUUCUCACCAGUUUUCCCUCUUCAACCUCCCGAGAUCGAACAAGCUCUUGGUGGUUUCUUGGAGCGUUUCGGUAGACGUCUUUGGAGACUCCGCGUUACUGGUGCUGAAAUCCGGAUUAUUUGUACGGACCCUUCCACUGGUAUGCCAUAUCCUGUUCGUGUUGUCAUCACCAACACUUCUGGUUAUGUCAUUCAAGUUGAAAUGUACGCUGAGCGUAAAUCUGAGAAGGGUGGUGAAUGGGUCUUCCAAAGUAUUGGCGGUACUACAAAGAUUGGUUCCAUGCACUUGAGACCAGUAUCUACUCCUUAUCCUACCAAGGAAUGGUUGCAGCCAAAGAGAUACAAGGCUCAUCUCAUGGGUACUCAAUACGUCUACGAUUUCCCAGAGCUAUUCAGACAAGCCAUUCAGAACAGCUGGGUUAAGGCUGUUCGCAAGCACUCUUCUUUGGCUGAUAAACAACCACCUACUGGCGAAUGUAUUGAGUACAGUGAGCUUGUAUUGGAUGACAAUGAUGGUCUUGCUGAGGUCUUGCGCGAACCUGGUACCAAUACUCAUGGUAUGGUUGGUUGGCUCGUAACCGCCAAGACACCAGAGUAUCCUCGAGGCAGAAAAUUCGUCAUCGUUGCCAAUGAUAUCACCUUCAGAAUUGGUAGUUUCGGACCAAAGGAAGAUCAAUUCUUCCACAAGUGCACAGAACUUGCAAGAAAGAUGGGCAUUCCACGUAUUUACCUUUCUGCAAACUCUGGUGCUCGUAUUGGUAUGGCUGAAGAACUCAUGCCUCAUUUCAAGGUUGCUUGGAAAAACCCCGAGAGACAAGAAGCUGGUUUCAAAUACCUUUACUUGGACACCGAUACCAAGAAGAGAUUUGAGGACGGCAAGUCUAAGGAUGUUAUCACCGAGGAGGUUGUUGAGGAUGGCGAGACGAGACAUAAGAUUGUUACCAUUGUUGGUGCGGAGGAUGGCCUUGGUGUUGAGUGUUUGAAGGGUUCUGGUUUGAUUGCUGGAGCUACUUCAAGAGCUUAUGAGGACAUUUUCACCAUCACUUUGGUAACUUGUCGUUCGGUCGGUAUUGGUGCAUACUUGGUUCGUCUUGGUCAACGUGCUAUUCAAAUCGAAGGACAACCCAUCAUUCUCACCGGUGCCCCUGCCAUCAACAAACUCCUCGGUCGCGAGGUUUAUACCUCCAACUUGCAACUUGGCGGUACUCAAAUUAUGUACAAGAAUGGUGUCUCUCACAUGACUGCCAAUGAUGAUUUCGAGGGUGUUUCCAAGAUUGUUGAGUGGAUGGCCUAUGUACCUGACAAGAGAAAUAGUCCUUUGCCAAUUGGACCUGCUGCUGACUCUUGGGAUCGCGAUAUUGUCUACACUCCACCUGAGAAACAACCUUACGAUGUUAGAAACAUCAUUGCUGGUAAGGAAGAUGACGAAGGAUUCAUGUCCGGUCUCUUCGAUAAGGACUCUUUCGUCGAAUCCCUUGGCGGUUGGGCAAAGACUGUUGUCGUUGGUCGUGCUCGUCUUGGUGGUAUCCCCAUGGGUGUCAUUGCUGUUGAAACUCGCUCCGUUGAAAACAUCACACCAGCCGAUCCCGCAAAUCCUGAUUCAACCGAACAAAUCAGUAAUGAGGCUGGUGGAGUAUGGUAUCCUAACUCUGCUUUCAAGACCGCUCAAGCUAUCAAGGAUUUCAACAAUGGUGAACAAUUACCAUUGAUGAUCUUGGCUAACUGGAGAGGUUUCUCUGGUGGUCAGCGUGAUAUGUAUAACGAAGUGCUCAAGUAUGGAAGUUAUAUUGUCGAUGCGUUGGUCAAAUAUGAGCAGCCAAUCUUCGUUUACAUCCCACCAUUCGGUGAGCUUAGAGGUGGUUCUUGGGUCGUUGUUGAUCCUACCAUCAACCCAGAGUACAUGGAGAUGUAUGCUGAUGAAGAUGCUCGUGGUGGUGUUUUGGAACCAGAAGGUAUUGUCAACAUCAAAUACCGCAAAGAUAAGCAAUUGGAGACCAUGGCCCGUCUCGAUCCAGAAUACGCCGAACUCAAGAAACAAUUACUAGACAAUUCUCUUGGUCAAGAAAAGCUGUCUGAGGUCAAGCUUAGGGUUGAGCAGAGAGAGAAGGCAUUACUUCCUGUCUACAAUCAAAUUUCACUUCAAUUCGCUGAUCUCCAUGAUCGUGCUGGACGUAUGAAGGCAAAGGGUGUCAUUAGAGAGUCAUUGAAGUGGAGAGAGGCCAGAAGAUUCUUUUACUGGCGUGUACGAAGACGUGUCAAUGAGGAGUAUAUCCUCAAGCGCAUGUUAUCCGCGAACUCGAAAUCACCAAAUGGUACCAGACCAGAGAACUUGAGAAAGCUUGCUGCCUGGACUGCUAUCCCAGCUUUCGAAACUGAUGACAAGAGUGUAGCUAUGUGGUACGAGGAGAACAGAAAGGUGGUCCAUGAGAAGGUUGAACACCUGAAGAUUGAGGGUGUAGCUGCUGAGGUGGCAACAUUGCUUAGAGCUAGCGGACCGGGUGCUAAGGGAGGAUUGAGUGGUGGUGCUAUGGCUGGUAUCAGACAGGUUUUAUCUAUGUUGCCUGUUGAAGAAAGAGAGGAGGCAUUGAAGUUUUUGGGGAGGUCAUAG